GUUUAUGUCAGCUUAACCAAAGCCAGUAGGAAAAAGUGAACUAAGUGCUGCUGUGUGGGUUGUUCUAGGUCGGAACUGAGAAAACAAGAAGCCAAGACCAUGCUGAGGGUUUGUCUGCGCGGAGUCAAGGUCACAGCCCGGAACUGUGGGAGAAUCCGUCUAACUAAUCUGCAACAGAGCAGGGAAUACACAACAGGAGAAAGCAGUGGUGCUUCCAGAUUGGUUGUUGCUGGCUUGUUGACAGUAAGUGGUGGUAUUGGAGGCACAAUUCUCUAUGCCAAAUGGGACCACAAGUUUCGAGCCGCUGUGGAAAAGAAUGUUCCAUAUUUGGAAUGGCUGUUAGGUGUGGCUUUGGGACCUGCUCCUCAGGAUACAGGUCUACCCAUCAAGAAACAGAUGGAGUUUAUCCAGCCACCUUCCAUGAUUGAAAAACAAACGAGAACAUCCAAAGCCAAGUCAGAAAAUAAAUUAAAGGAAGCAGCAGAGCAUCCGGGCCAAGACUCUCUUGCUGCGUUGGAACAACCUGCACACAGCAUACAGGAGGCUUCAGCAGAGGCUACUCGGAUCAUCUCAGCCAUCAGUGAGGUCCAGUCAGUUCCUGCUCCAUGUGACACAGAGGCUGCAGCAACAGGCAGAGAGGAUUGCAAUGAUCAUAAUGUUACCUUGGAAACAGCAACUGUCCUUCAGGACACGGAGUCAUCUGGGACAGCAGAACCUCUGAAAGAGCGUCCAGUAGAAGAAGUGGCAGCUAGACUGGCCCAACAGGAUCAGCAAGAAAAGGACGUUAUAGCAUCCGUAUCAGCCAGUCUGGAGGACUCACUGGGAGGCUCUGCUAAGGCUACACUGCAGGCUAUUGGAGCGCAGGAGGCAGCUCUGCAGGCAAUCACUCAGCACACUCACAAGCUGAAGGAAGCUAUGGAGAAAGAGGCUCCAUCUGAGGAGAAGUCAACCCAGUGGAAAGAUCUAGAAGCUGCUCUCGCAGACAGAACAACUUCUGUGAAUGACGCCAAAUCUGCUCUGUUCAAAGCCAAUAAAGCCCUGGAAAAUCUAAAAUCAGUGAUUGCCAAGUCCAAAGAGCUGAAGAUUGCAGCUGCACAGCCGCUGAUUUUAGCAGCAGAGGAGAAUCUCCAUAAAAUGAUAGUGGACUUGGAUAAAGUGGUCUUUAAGGUGCAGUCAGCAGAGUCAGAAGCAAAGAUCGUGGCCCAGUACAGUGAACUGGUUAAUGAAGCCAAACAGCAGUUCCAGAGGGAAGUGAGUAGUCUUACUCCAGAGAUCCAGGCCAACUGGAAAGGACUCACUGGUAAACUGUCAACAGAUGACCUGAAUGCUCUGAUUGCCCAUGCACAUCGUCGCAUUGACCAAUUGAAUCGAGAGCUGGCUGAGCAAAGAGUCCGAGAGCAAAUCCACAUCGAUGGAGCACUAGAGCAGCAGAAACUGGAGGAUCAGAAAGCUCUGGAGAAAGCUGUUGGCACCGCAUUACAGCAUGUAAAAGAGGAAUCCCGACUGGAGCAGGAAAGAAAGCUCGCUGAGUUGAGAGAAAUAAUUGAGGCAGAGAUGAGAACUCAGCUUCGGCGUCAGGCAGCUGCUCACACUGACCAUGUUCGAGAUGUCCUCAAAGUUCAGGAGCAGGAGCUUAGAGCUGAAGCUGAGCAGGUCCUGAGCAGUAAGAUACUGGAACAAGAGACCCGCUACCGUCAGCUCACUCAGGAACAGCUCGAUAACUUCACUCUGGAUAUGAAUGCUGCCUACGCAAGACUGAAGGGAGUGGAGGAGGCCAUAGACAGCCACAUGGAAGCAGAGGAGGCGGCCCGUAAAGCUCAUCAGCUGUGGCUCUCUGUGGAAGCUCUCAACUACACCUUAAAAACUGCAGGCACUGAAUCUCCCAGCAUGCCUCUGGAGGACGCUGCUGACGCUGUGCGCGCCAGCUGCGUUGACAAUGAUUUUGCCUUGGCUCUGGCAUCAGCACUGCCCGAAGAAUCGCUGAAGCGCGGUGUCCACAGUGAGGCUUCCCUUCGUGCUCGUUUCAACUCCCUGCGAUCGCUUGCUCGUAGAGUUGCUCUCAUCGAUGAAUCCCACAACACCUUGUACCAGUACUUUUUGUCCUACCUUCAAGCUGCAUUGCUUUUUGAGAACCAACAGGAAGCCCCACCCACCCAGCUACGCAGUGAGGAUUUAGAUUCAUUCAAGCUGCUUUCAUAUGCCAGCUAUUGCCUAGAGCAUGGGGAUCUGGAGUUGGCAGCUAAACUGGUGAACCAGCUGCGAGGAGAGGCCAGGAGAGUGAUCGAGGACUGGCUAACUGAAGCCAGACUCACACUGGAAACCAGGCAGGUGGUCAGUUUGCUUUCAGCUUAUGCGAAUGCCGUGGGCUUAGGAACCACUCAGUCUCCAUAGCUGCCACGUUGACCAGGCAACAUUAAAGGAAACUUUCCAGUACGUGUUUGUCUUUUCAGUUCUCACAGCAGGCCAGAAAGGCUAGAAAGGUAACUCUGUUGGUAGAGGAAGCCAGAUGGAAUGAGGUUGGAUCUACAACAGCAAAGGAAAGACCAUUAUGUUUCAGCUGUGCAUUCAUUUAAGUUAACCCACAGAUUAGUUUUAAAAUCACAAAGAAUAUAUGUAGUCUAGGUUUGUGUCUCAACUUCAGUAAUUUCCUUUACUUUAUUUGGCAACAUGUCAUGGUAACCUCAUCCUAACAUUAAAUUAUAUUUCAUGCCACACUGUUGUGAAUAUUACACAUGUUAAAUAAAUAAUGAAGAGGAA